ACGAAUGCAGCACUCUGUAUACCUUGCUCAUUCCAUGAUCAUGCGCUUUAUUGGGGGGGAUAGCGAUCGUUGUGGGCCGUUUGCCUUGUUGUUCUUCUGUUCUUCAACACUCCUUUGUCCUCUUCUCUUGAGGACACCCUGUUCACUAUACAACUUUGGCAUCUAUGCCCACAUCAUGACUUUAUGUAGUUUAAUGAAUUUCUUUUUACAACACAGAGAGAACAGAUUUACUGUCCAUGACUAUCAAAGACAUGUUACCAUUGGGUGUUUUCCAACUGAGUGAUAUGUUCUGUCUGUGCUCAUGGUACCUCAAGAGCCGCGCGCCUCAAAGGAGAGGGAGUGUUUGCAUCCCGCCAAAAACUCAAUCUCAGUCACACCAGGCCACGAGUGACAGAACAGCCACACUUUGUCAAUGACCGCCCUAUCCGCUCUUCAUUCCGCGUCCCGCCGAGACGGAAAGGCAGAGAGAUGGCUACAAGGGAAGACCGGGUCUACUUUGUUUAGUGCAAAGCAUCGUUACGUCCGCAAACGUGGGGUUGGGGGUUGGCGUGGACACCCGCCUAAACAUACGAUGGAGAACGCCCACGAGGGGAGGGGCACAGGGGGGGGGGGGUUGAAAUCUUCCCGCACAUCCGUCUCUUUGAUGGGCUGUACACAUGACGCUCUUGGACAUCGCUGCGCAAGGGAAUUUCAUGGUGGUGAUCAACGCAUGUCAGCUGGAGUCUGCUCCGUGAGGGUGAGUGUGGUGGAGUUGCUGAGACCGACGUUGACAACGAGUUUGGUACCGGCCGAGAAGACGACGUUUUCAUGUCUUCGCCUCCCCGUCUCCUCCUCGUGUUCGUUAGCAUCGCGGUGGCCCUGUCGAUGUUCUUUUGUCUCUGUUUUUCUUUUUAAUCACUCUGGAAAUCUACUCAGUCUUUGCUAUAUCCUAGGGUUUCUGUGGUUUCUACACACACUCCCCUCCCUUCCAUCUGCGGUUCCGCACAUACCCAAAGCCAAGCACCGAGGCCGGCUACUCUUGUCAAAAAUUUUCCCGGAUCAUGGUGUCGAUCUUGGACCCAGAUCGCGCGGCGUUAUAUUGUUCUCUUUUUUUUGGGGGGGGGGGGGGGGGACCUUGGGACAUCUGGUUCAUUGCAUGUCCCGUUAGUUGAUGUCUAUCCGGUCCACUACUGGUACAAACAGCGCCUUUGACCGGGAAGGGACGGGAAAGGUGUCAGGUGGAGGAUCCUCGGGGCUCAGUGAUAGAGUGGCAUCAGCAUCGACUUUCUUGCCUUGCGGACUUAGGUCCGGGUGAUGCCCGGCAGGCAAGCUUUGGGAUAAAGGUAGAUACCAUGACC